AUGGUAGAAAUCCAAGUCCUGGAUUCACAGUGUGGAAGUGAAAAUGCUGAAUGUUCUUCCAGCUACUGGGUGAAAAUACGGGGUGUUUUUUUUUCCUUCUUUCUCUCUCUCUGCAGGGCUCUGGCUGACAUCUUAAGGCAGCAGGGACCAAUCCCAAUAGCACACUGUGAAAGAGAGACUAUCUCGGCCAUAGAUACCUCCCCCAAAGAAAACACCCCAGUCAGGACAGCUUCCAAAAACCAUUACACCCCAGUGCGCACCGCCAAGAGUAACCCAGGACCCUAUGGAAAGGAUAUUUAUCGAAGUGGAGGGCCAGAUCUCCAUAAUUUCAUCUCCUCUGGCUUUGUCACAUUAGGAAGAGGACACACGAAGGAUGACCAAGAACAAAAUUAUAAUCACCUGAUACUAAACAGUGCCACCCAGACACCUACACAUGACAAACCACGGAUGAACAACAUCCUUACUUCUGCCACUGAACCCUAUGACCUGUCCUUCUCCCGGUCCUUCCAGAACCUCUCUCACCUCCCGCCGUCCUACGAAUCUGCUGUCAAGACCAACUCAAGUAAAUAUUCUUCUCUGAAGAGACUAACUGACAAGGAGGCUGACGAGUACUACAUGAGGAGGAGGCACCUGCCCGACCUGGCAGCCCGGGGCACGCUCCCCAUCAACGUCAUCAAGAUGUCUCAACAGACCAACCACAGGGACAGGCCCCGCCGCCCCAUCAGGGCCAUGUCCCAGGACAGGGUGCUGUCUCCCGAGAGGAUCAUGCCCGAGGAGUUCAGCAUGUCCUACGAGCGGAUCCUCUCGGACGAGCAGCUGCUGUCGGCGGAGCGGCUGCACUCCCAGGACCCGCUGCUCUCCCCGGAGCGCUCGGCCUACCCCGAGCAGUCCAUGUCCCGGGCUUUGUCACACACAGACGUCUUUGUAUCCACCCCCGUCUUGGAUCGCUACAGGAUGACCAAAAUGCACUCCCAUCCCAGUGCCUCCAAUAACUUGUACAACACCCUGGGGAUGAACCCCACCUCGGCCAAGCGCCAGGCGUUCGCCUCCCGCCGCCACAACACGGUGGAGCAGCUGCACUACAUCCCGGGGCCCCCCCACCACUACCGCACGGCCAGCAAGACAGAGGUGACUGUUUGA